AUGAGAGCUUUAGGUGAAGGUCUGGCGGAACGUAGGGCGUCCGUUGAAGGCGAGGGCCUCAGGUGGUGGUCUGACGGAGCACAGGACGUCAGUAUCGAAACUCCUCCGCAUCCCAUAAUCCCCCACGCCGAGAUAGACGACCUCCGCUCCGAUCUGGAACUCGAGCGCCGCCUUCGCCGAGACUCCGAAUCUCUCACAAGAUCUCUCUCCCUUGAGCUCGCAGAGGAGCGCCGCCUCCGAGCCGAGGCCGAGGCUGAUGCCGCUCGCUGCCGGGAAGCUGCCGGCCGCGCUGCGCUAGAAGCCGAAGAAGAGCGCCGGAUGCUUAAAUACGCCGACGCGUGGCGUGAGGAGCGGGUGCAGAUGAAGCUCACCGAGGCCGCGAUUGUCCUCGAGGAGAAGAUGCGGGAGAUAGCGAAGCUUGGUGUGCCCAGAUCUAGCGCGAUCGAUUGCAAAGGGAGCCAAGGGAGGGAGAAUCUGCACUUCAAGAAGGGCGUUAAGGGGUUUGCGGACUCUCCGAGGACGGCAGGCAAGGUUCGGUCGCCGGGAUCGGUGAAACAGAAGCAGCAGGUCGACGGGAAUUUGGAGUGUCAGAAAUCUCAGCUUAGGGUUUUGCUAAGGCAGAGGAAUACUGUGAAUUUGGGGAUGGUGGCUGAUUCACAGAGGUUAGUAGUGCGAUGA